CAACCAUCUUUAAUCGCACGCAAUGGAUACAAUCUCCAAUGGCAGCAAAUCCUAGGGCCGCGGUUUCUCUUUUUCCAUUCCUGCGCAUUUGCGAAUGAAGGUACCUUCCAAGGUGAAAGAUUGGAAUCCUUGAUCAGUGAGGUUCUUAUCUUGAAUCAUCUAGCCCUUUUUUCUGAAUUUCCAACACCAGUUACAUAGGUCCAGCUUGAUGUUCGUCUUGAUAAGAGCAGGUUCUGAAGAAGCAGCCAUUGAAGCCAUUUAGACCGGGGGCACUCCCAGGGUUGAGAGACCAAACAGCCUCUCUAAUCUCAUCUUCCAGAGGGCUGGGGUCUUUCUCAUAUUCAACCUGAGCAAACCUGGCUUUAUCUUCAGCUUCCAUAAGGUGAUUGGAGUGAAUUCAGAUCCUGCCACAGUUUCCUCCUUUCUGAGCCAGAGUGCUUACCAUAUACAGUGGUAUUUGGAAGGCCCUAAGAGUUAAUGCAGAUUGAUCAAGAAUAUCACUACUUUUUCCACCCUCAGAGUGGUAUCCAUAAUCUCUGGUAUCUGUCACCAUCUCCUGCAUAUUGGUAUCAUGGAUUUCCUCAAUAAGCAUGGCAAGUCGUUUCUCAAAUGAGUGAUUAUGAAGACAGUAAUCAAAUGAACCUUUCCUUAGCUGAUCUUUUGCCAUUCCAGUACUUACUGUAGCUUUGGAAGUAACAGGUAUUUUUUUUGAAGCAAAGGCUUUUGCUUCAAAAAGGGAUGGAAAAAUUGGGUUGUACUCUUGCUGUGGGGAGUCGGACGGAUUGGUAAGAUUAACCUUGUCACCCAAUAAUUCACUCUCCACAUUACAUGGUAAUUCUCCAGCAUAAAUAUCCAAUAGGUCCAGCAACAUGAAAUUAUUGGUGUUUUGGUUCACAUAUCCUUUCUUUUUCCAUUCAAAGAUGGUGGGGCCAUGUCUGACUGUAUUAUUAUUGUUCUCUGAUUGACUGGGUGCCCUGUUUCCAUUUGUCUUUUUGCUCUUGAUUUCCACCCAUCCAUUCUGAUACUCAGGAGAUAUGCCCGUCUUACCCUUGCCGGAGGGAGCUUUUCCGGUGGGUAAAUGGUGUUGGUUUAGAGCAUGAAAAUCAUGCUUGUGACCAAGCUUUUUUCAUAGGGUGUAGUACAGAGGUCUAUCUUCAUACCCACAAUUGGUAAAUAUGUCCCGAGCACCAAGUCUGAUGUGAAUAUUGGGGGGAGGGGGGAUGGAUAAAUCUAUCUCAAUACACACCGUACCCUUGCACUUUCCCUCCUAUCUCUACUGACUGUGAAAUCAUCCAUUCUUACAGGUCUCCCCAAUAAUGAACUAAUGGUGAAAAGAGACUGGAAGUCAAUGAGGGAUGACAACAAAAAUGAUUACGCAUAUUAAAGACAACAAACUAGAAUGGACGUGCAAGGUCAGGGUUGUGGAGAAGCGUAAUAUAAAAGAUUCAGAGUUUAGUCCCAAUAAGUAUAGACCUUAUAUCUUGCAAGAUCAAGUGGGAACAAAAGUUUUUGCCAUGGCAAACAGCAGAGACAUUGAUCAAGUAGAUCGAGUACUUGAUUUGAAUAAAACUUACAACAUAAGUAAUGCUGUUGUGUUGCCAAGUAAAUAUAAUGUUCCUCCCCCAUCGCCACAUUACAAAUAUAUCUGGAUGCUUAGUAGGCAGACUUAUAUUGAGAAAGCCCCCGAAUCAGAUCAAAUUGAAAUAUUAAAUGGGCAAGAAGAUACAGUAACAGCAUUUUAUGAGUUCUACAACCUUAUCGGAACUAAGACUCCAAUAAAUUUCAUGGCCGUUGUUCUUGAAAAGAUGCCUAGAGAAUACAUUUCAGUUCGUGAGACGGCAAAGACAGCAUACGAUUUCACAAUUGUUAAUGAAGAAAUGAAACCAAUGCUGCUGACGCUAUGGGGCGAUUUUGCCAUUUAUCAAGGGAAGCAAAUCAUAUCUGUGUUGGAUAGUGGACGAUUUCCAAUAAUUUUGGGGAAGAGGGUUAUUGUCAACAAUUUUAAUGGUGUUUCCCUAUCUACUCGAUUUGAUUCCAUAUUUGAAGUCAAUCCCACGAAUUCAAAAUCUGAAACUCUUAAAAAAUGGCGAGAUGAUAGCAUUGACCUUCUGAAGCGGUACAUCGACCUGAAGACAUAUAAAAAUGCCUUAAUUGCGCUUGCAUACCCUCCUGGCCAACUGAAGACCAAAGUUGUUGACAUUCCUGAAAUGAAUAUCCAGGAAAAAGGAGUUUGGGUGGAAGUAGAUAUGCGAAUUAUAGACGACGCUCCAAGUUUCUACAUUGGCUGUGACUAUUGUAAUCGAAAAGUCUGUGGGCCAGAAGGGGGAAACUAUAGAUGUUUGGAUUGUGGCAAUCCUCAUGCACGCGCCGAAAAGAAGUACAAGAUUAAAGUUGAGUUGACAGAUGAAACGGGACAAAUAGUAGGAACAAUUUUUGAUGAAGAUUUCAACCGCCUGUUGCAGAUCACAAACACUAUUCAUCGAUCACGAUCAAUUGACAUUGCUAAACUUCAAGCAAAGCUUGACGAAAAGAAGUUUUUUUGUGAAGUAAGACUUGACAGAAGACAGUUCCCUGGAAAGAGCAAGCAGACUUACACUAUAAAUGGUGUUUGUGAAAAUGUUAAGGUGUCACAGUCAGUGUCUGUACAAGGAAAUGAUGAGGGACCCAGUACGGAACGCAGUAUUAUAAGAACCUUAACCUUUGAUGAGGCUUUGGAGGAGCAUGAAGGAAUUAUAAAUCCUGCCAUUGAAGAAAGAAGCGGAGGAAAUGAUGAGGGAACGAGUAUUGAAGGAAGUAAUAUAAAAACCUUGAGCUUCGAUGGCGCAAUUCAGCAGCUUGAUGGGAAUAUAAAUCCACCCCUUGAAGAAGGAAGCCCACAAGAAAAGCCAUCCAAGAAACGCAAAACAUGAUCCUCUUAGGGUUUAACACUUAAAGUCUGUGUUUUAAAUGAUGUUUUGCAGCUUCUUUUGUUCACUUUUGUUUGAAACAGAUGAUGAUCAUUCCCAGAUCUCUAGAAUAAAUAAUAAAUACUUUUCAUGGUU